AGCCAUGGGGAGAAUGUGUAAGAGCCACAAAUUUAUUUCCCAUUUGGUCCACUCUCUCAGGCAAUUACCAAUCAGAACUCUAUACACACUCAUGGCCAUCUUCAAGACCACUCAAAUAUCAAAACCCCAAAAAUACUAUUCUGUUUCUGUGUAUUCACGGACGCAAAACACAAAGCAGUUUACAAAAUCUUCAGUUUCUCUCUCUAGCUUUCUCUCUCUGAAAACCUUUCACAUGAAAAGCUAAACUGAGACAACCCCCACAAAUUGAAGGAAUAAAAAGGUAGGAAGAUGGCUUUUCUUCUACCCAAUCUCUCUCCUUCAAUCCUCCUCCAAUCCAAAACAAAAGAAAGACCCAUUUACCAAUCACUUGCUCAGACAAAACCCAACAAUCCCAUCUCUCCUCUCUCUCUUUCCUCUUCUCUCACAAGCCUCCAGACGCCCAAUAAGGAUGCACAGGCUGAGAGUCUCAAGGAUGGGCAGGAUAAUAAACAGCAAAAAGAUGACUUUUAUGUCAACCUUGGAUUGGCUGUACGGACGCUCCGUGAAGACCUCCCUCUGAUAUUCGCAAAAGAGCUCAAUUAUGACAUCUACAGGAAUGAUAUAACAUUUAUGGAUCCAUUGAACACAUUCACUGGCAUUGAGAAAUACAGAUUGAUAUUUUGGGCAUUGAGAUUUCAUGGUAGAAUUCUUUUCCGUGAGAUUUCCCUUGAGGUAUUUAGGAUUUGGCAGCCUUCAGAGAAUGUGAUAUUGAUUAGGUGGAACUUAAGGGGUGUCCCUCGUGUUCCAUGGGAAGCAAAGGGCCAAUUUCAGGGCACUUCUCGAUAUAAAUUGGAUCGAAAUGGCAAAAUUUAUGAACAUAAAGUUGACAACUUAGCAUUCAAUUUUCCACAGCAGCUCAAACCAGCAGCUUCAGUGUUGGAUUUGGUGGCUGCUUGCCCUGCUAGUCCUAAUCCAACGUUUUUGUGGGGCACCGAGGAUGCGUACUCAUCUUCGUGGGUGGAGUUUUAUCGAGCAGUUAGAGAGACUUUGGAUCAAGAAGGUUACUUGCUUGCACAAGACGGUUUGGUUACUUGUUCAUAGUUAGUAAGUAGGUUUAUACAUUAAUGUAUACAAUGAAAUUCUUAGCACACAUGGUAUUAGUGCAUACAAUCUGUAUAAUGUAUUGGUAGAUAGAAAAUAACUAUUUUUGUUGAAGGGCAAGGGUUGUGUAUAAAAGAGGCAGGGGAUGCUGGAGAGUUCAAUUUACUUUUUUGUGGAGCUGUAGACUAAGAAGCUUAGCAUCUUUUAUGAGCUUAUACAGUUCGGAUAUGAAUAACUACCAAAUCUUAUUGCUUAGUAAAA